UCCCUCUUCCCUCCCUCCCUAGCAUCAUCAAUCUCUUGCCUCAUUUGCUCAUUCAGGCUUUUUCCAUAAGCAAGUUUUUUCCCAAAGGAAACGUUUCUUUGUUCUUUCACUAACAUGGCCAGACCACAACAACGAUAUCGAGGUGUCCGACAGAGGCAUUGGGGAUCUUGGGUGUCUGAAAUUCGCCAUCCCCUCUUGAAGACUAGAAUUUGGCUAGGCACGUUCGAGACUGCGGAAGACGCGGCCCGUGCCUACGAUGAAGCUGCAAGGCUUAUGUGCGGACCGAGGGCUAGAACCAACUUCCCUUACAAUCCAAAUGCACCUCAAUCGUCCUCAUCCAAGCUUCUGUCGGCAACUUUGACGGCUAAACUACACAAAUGCUACAUGGCUUCACUUCAAUUGACCAAGCAGCAGUCAGGGCAGGAGCCGCAUAACAAGGCGCCGACUCCACAUGUUUUCAGCAACAAUGGCAUUGCAGGCAGAGACAGUGGAAUUGGAGUUCGAGUGCUGGAAAAGAAACCGUUGCAAGCGCAAGAGACAGAAGCCAAUUGGGUUGUCAAGAAAGCUCAGGUUGAAAGCACCCAGCAGUUCAAACCUCUCGAAGAGGAUCAUAUCGAACAAAUGAUCGAGGAACUGCUUGACUAUGGCUCCAUUGAACUUUGCAAUGUCUAGUGUCAAGGAUGUCAAAUCAAGCACCACCCUUUCUUCAUUUCUCUAUUUUCUUCCCUUUUCUCUUUUUCCACCAGUCAUUGAAAACGUUCGGGCUGAGGCUUGAUAACCCUGUCACACCAAGCCUUGAAGAGUUUAGGCUGGUUGGUCUUUGCACUUUCUUCCCUGCUAAUGGCACUGAUUUGCUAAUUUUAACCCAUUCUUCUCUUAGUCGCAACCUACCCACAUACUAUUUUCCAAGUGUUGUAGACCCUCUUUCUUUAGGUCCUAGUGUCUACCAGGUGACCCCAUUGGAUGAUAUGCUUAAUGUACAGUAAGCUCUGUUAUGAUAUAUUUUACUAUGAUAUUUAUCAUC